AUGCCCUUCGCAUGGAUUCACGCUGCGUCGCUAAUUCACAUGCUCGAGCGUUCCUGGGGCGCUGGUAUUCUGCGUCCGGGACAGCGACUCCACGCGCAGAUCCUUCUGCUGGGUUUGCUCGGUGCUCGGUGCUCGGUGCUCGGUGCUCGGUGCGCGGCCCCAGAAUCGACCCGCAUCGUCGCGGUGCGCGAUCUCCGACUCGCCUCGCGGCGACGAGGCAACUGGGGCGCGCCCCACGCACGAGCACCCAUCGCCGAACACCACGCAAGAGACGUGCGACCGCCGCGCACCUCCGCCGCGUCACCCUCCCAGACCCCACCCCCCACGCUCCGCGUUCUGCGCGCGGAGCCCCCCGCCGGCCCGCCCGCUCGGCCGCUCGGACGCGCCGGCCCGCGCGCGCAGCGCGUCGACCCGCCGCGUUCUUUCUGGCGGCGCAUUCUAGGCUCGUUCAGGACGGAGACGGCAGACCGUCGCCUCGCGGCCCGCGCCCGCGUCCGCGCCAGCAUCCGCCCGCACUUGGCCCCUCCAGCCGCGCACCCCGCGUCUGCUCGGCCUGGACGAGGGCGUAGGCGUAGGCGGCGCAGGCGCAGGCGUGGGCGUAGGCGGCGUAGGCGUAGGCGGCGGAGGGGCGGACACGCGCCGUUGUUCGUCGCGGCGGGGACGAACGGCACCACAGCACGAGCGCGAGACGGCUGUCGCGGGUCCCCGCCGCCGCCGCCGCCACCGCCGCCUUCUCGCCGGGAAUCGGCGUCCUCCGCGCCGUCCGCGCCGCCUGCCCCCGCUCAGCGCUCAGCGCUCACGUGUUCGCUCCACCACCCACCCCCCCGAGUCGAGUCCAUCCCGCCUCACUUCAUCCGCUUCGAUUCGAUUCGAUUCUGUGCCGUUCGAUUGACUCUUUACUCGAUCGCUCUGCCGGCGCGUCCACCCCUCCAGGGCUACGGUAGAGCCAGAACAGAGCGAGCGCGGAUCGAGCGCGUUUGCGUCUGGGUGGACAGAGUGGAUGUGCGCUGUGUCGGGUUCGGGUCGUCGGGCGGACGGAAGGUGAUGGGUGAUGCUACGGACUACGGAAUACGGAAUACGGGAUACGGAAUACACACAGACUACAGACUGCAGACUACAGACUACAAUACAGACGGGCCACGUAUGACACGCGCGCGAUGGGAAGCUACAACAGCCUGGGAUGACGCGGGCUGGGUAAAACGUCCUCUGGGGCGAAGAUACACCGUCCUCGCGAUACAACGUCCUCUGGGCGAAUUAAAAAGACGAGAGAAAGGGCAAGAGACAAGAAAGGCAAGGCAAGGCAACGUCGAAUGA